UUAAUUCCCAUUCUCGCAGCACGCUUCUUGUUGUUCUUACGAAUAAGGAUGGUGGGGGAAGGGUGAUCGUAUCUCUUUUGCACGGCCGCAAGUAAGUCUUGAGUAGGUCUAUUUAAAGCCGCGAUGUCUGCUUUGACCGGCCGAUAGCGCUGCGUUUGUCUUUCCUUGAAAGUGGAAGUGAAAGUGCUUCAGGAAAACUAGAGAGAAAAGCGACCGUUUAAAACAGAAAUGGGUACAGAAAACUGUUGGGGAAAAGUUGAUAGGAGCUGCCGGAGCUGGUUGCAGGGUUGCAUUGCUGCUGCGCUUGGGUGUGUGCAUGUGUGCAUUUACUGCAGGUGACCGCCUUGGCUCUGUGUCGAAGUGAUGGCGACUUAUUACUUAAAGAAAACAGUCCGAUCGGUUCCUGGAUACAGGGACUGUGGAGCCUGUGACUAUGAUGUGUUGUGGGACAGCGUUGUUGUUGUUUUUUUUUGUCAUAUUGUUUAUCAGUCGUCUCUUUCUUAUAGUGAAACUGCAGUUAUGCUAGUCAUCCAAGGGAAGACAUUGUAGGUUUAAAUGUAGCAUCCCCUCCCCAAAAAAAAAAAAACAAUAAAUAAAAUAGUUACCCUGAAAUGGGCCGUAUCUAUACAGUAUUGCUCUUGUAUUUAGAUCUUCAGAACUUUAAACACUGAAUAGAAGCGCAGGCAUCUGUGCAACCGCGCACAAAACGUGAACAAUUGAGAUUGGCUUCGCAGUGCUCGCUCAAGCUCUCGGCCUUGGGGCUGGAAUUAAAAUGAUAUAUCCAAGCCCUCCGUACACGUUACCAGCAAGCCAGGCGACAUCCUGCAAGUAAAUUGGCCUGCUUUGUGAUAGGCAAGAAGGAUGUUAACUAUGCAAAGACGACUAUUUCCUCUCCAUUGGGAUAUCUGUUCUGCUUACAUUCUAACGAAUGCGCUUGUUCUGCGUCUCCAGGAAAUAUUCUGUCAUUUAGCAGUAAAUGCUGACUUUGUUGUCUGUGUAAAAUGGAUCCAGGUGUUUUCCACUGCCUGAAUGGCCCCAAAGCGCUUAACAAAGAAUCAGACACUGGGUUUGUUCAGUAUUGUUUGCAUUCGUUUGGUCCUGUCUGGACACCUGCAGUAAUCUGAUAUUCUUAUCUUCCAGGCUUAGUACGUUUGUCCAGCAAUCAUGUCUUAUGUACCCAUUUUUAAUAAACAGUUAUGUGAGACUGGGUCAUAGGCAGCCUGAGGUCUAUACCAGCCGGCUCGGCGUACACCCAGAACAGGAUGUUGGUCCAUUGUAUGGCUGACAGACAUCAGUACUCGCUGCAGACAAUGUAGAGACAAUAACCAGUCUUUAUACUCUGGGAGGAAAUUCGCCCACACGUACACACGCAGCCGGGGCAGGAAUCGAACCCGCAACCAUGGAGAUGUGAGGUCACAUUGCUCUCCAGCGAAUCAUAUGGAUCAUCUGUCACCGCUGCAAUCGCUCUGGGUCGCAACCAGCCCCUGAAGCGGGACAAGCCCCGAUGGAAGAGCGACUACCCCAUGACAGACGGCCAGCUGCGCAGCAAGCGAGAUGAGUUCUGGGACACGGCGCCGGCCUUCGAGGGCCGCAAGGAGAUCUGGGACGCACUGCGCGCCGCCGCCAGCGCCUUCGAGAGCAACGACCACGAGCUGGCGCAGGCCAUCGUCGACGGGGCCAGCAUUACGCUUCCACACGGCGCCCUUACGGAGUGCUAUGAUGAGCUGGGCAAUCGAUACCAGCUCCCCGUCUACUGCCUGGCCCCGCCCAUCAACAUGAUUGAGGAGAAGAGCGACCUGGAGGUGCCCGACGUGCCCGAGCCGCCGCCCAACUCGGGCCAGGAGUGCCAGCUGCGCCUGCGCCUCUCCACGGGCAAGGACCUGCGGCUGGCCGUGCGCUCCACCGACUCCGUGCAGCACAUGAAGCGCCGCCUGCAGGCCGAAGAGGGCGUCGCGCCCGCCAGCCAGCGCUGGUUCUUCUCGGGCCGGCCGCUGACGGACAGAAUGAAGCUGGAGGAGCUGAAGAUCUCCAGGGACUACGUGGUGCAGGUGAUCAUCAGCCAGCCACCCCCUCAGAACCCCACGCCUGUGGAGAACUAGAACCUGGAUGCACUUGCUGGCACGGAACCGGACUGCGCGGAACAGAAUAACACUCUGCGAGACUAUCUGCUAUUACUAUUGUUAUUAUUGAUAUUAUUAUAAUUAUUAUUGUCAUCGAUGUCGUUAUUAUUGUAUUUUAGGAGUUUUUUCAAUUUUUACGCCUGUCUUUAUACCGCUCAUUCCUCUCUUGUCGAACUUUCUAUACGCACAGAGCUGUGCGGUUUUUAACGUGACUUCGCAGGCCGAUCUCCACGGCAACAAGCGGGGCGGCUCACGACGCUGCCUAGUCCUACCUUUUUAAAUUCGCCGGGACUGUUUUAUUCUUUAACUAAACCAAAAAGCGCUGCCGGGGUAUUUGAUGUCGGGACAAAGAGGAAAAUCCGUGGUAUGAGCCCCUGCGAUGUUUUUUUUUUUUGGUUUGGGAAUUUCAGAAUCGAUGUUUUUCUCCUGACGGUGAACGAAGCUGGUUUCACUGAAUGACUGGACUUGUACCACAAAGGGUGAUCUACACCUAUAUCUCCACCCUUUAGUAAAGCGAAGGAGAGGGUCACAACUUUUAAAAUCACUUGAUUGUUAAACUUGGGGGGUGGGAAUAAUAAGCUAAUAAGCUUUUAAGUUAAUGUCCGGCUUUGUAGAGCUGACUGCCACCUCGUUCUGCUCGUAUACCUGUGGGGGGGUGUAGGGGUUCAGGCUGUACAUGCGGUCGAGCUGAAGGUCUUAUAACUUUUGAAUCUGUUGUCAAGAAGUCGAGUUACGUGGCACAUUGACAAGAUUUUAUAGUAAAUCAUUUACCCAUA